AUGGCUACACAAGGAGGAGCCUCCGGCAUAAAUGCACGCGCACAAUCCGGCUUCGCCAAGUCGGCUGCUUACAACACACAUCGCCCGACGUACUCUUCCUCAAUUGUGCAGCUCCUGCUUGAGAAUGUUGGAGUGGCCGGGAAGAAACAUGCCAAGAUCAUUGACCUCGCCGCGGGCACUGGGAAGUUCACAGAAGCGCUCGCGGCGAGGGAGGAAGAGUUUGAGAUUAUCGCUGUUGAGCCGCAUUCUGACAUGAGAAAUGUCCUCGAGAGCAAGAACUUGCCGCGGGUGAAAGUCGUGAAUGGGACGGGGGAGAAAGUGGAUGCUGUGGAGGAUGGGAGUAUCGAUGCCGUCGUUGUCGCACAGGGUUUCCAUUGGUUCAGUAACAUGACCGCACUGAAAGAGAUUCACCGCGUGCUAGCGAGACAUUCUGCCCUUGGUCUUGUUUGGAACGUCGAGGAUUACAACAAUGCUCGCGACCACAAGGCUUCGACGCCAUGGGAGGCAAGACUGCAUGAUCUCACCUGGAAAGUCGCAGAAGAAGUUGGCGAUGAGGUACCACGAUUUCGCCAUUUGCAAUGGCGGAAAGUCUUCGAUGAGCAAGUGAAGAAGACGCCGCUGUCUCUUAUCAUUGCGAGUGAUGACCAGCUGUUCUCGCUACCGAUUGCGGAGCAGCAGGAGCCGUUUGAGGUGGCGCUGAGUGUUGAUAGCCUGUGGGAUCGAUACAGCGCCUUGGGGCACAUUGCUGCGCUGGAGGGAGUGUAUCGCGAGCGUGUACGCAAGACUUUCAUGGACAUUGUCUCAGCGGACGAGGUGGAGAAGAAUGAGAAAGGAGAGGUCACUGUUCAUGGCAAUACUUAUGCCGUCUGGACUACGAAGAUUCCGACGGAAGGCCGUACAGGCACUGAGGCCCUUGGUGAUGUCGAAAGACGAGAGGAGUAA